AUGGCAGACUCUACAGAAACAACAGCCAAACGCGCACGCGUGCCGUCGUCAGAACACUCAGACGACGAACAUGAUGAAUCCCGUGGCACCUCUAUCCACGCCGCUUUAUCAACACUUCUACACAACGAAAAAUAUUCAGAUAUGACUAUCAUAUGCAAGGGACACGAAUACAAAGCUCAUCGUGCCAUUGUCUGCACACAGUCCAAGUUUUUUGACACAGCAAUGAGUAGGGGUUUUAAAGAGGCCACAACGCAAACCACAAAGUUGCCAAAAGAUGAUCCAGUUGUUCUGGAAGCAUUUCUCAAGUUCCUUUACACGGGAGAUUACACCGAUACAGUCAACCCUACCUUGGGUAAACCAUCUGUCACGGCAAUGAUGGACCCCAAGACCGUUCGGCAGAACUUGCAGCAACCAGCAUGUGGUGAGCUGGAUUUCUAUACAUCUAAUGGGAAUGAACUAUCCAGCGAACCCGAUCAAGAGUGGCAGUCGCCAGCUGAAGAAGUAGAAGAAGUAGAAGAACCCGAAGAGGAGGACGAGAGCAAUAGCUCCAAGAGCAGCGAUGGAUGCAACUGCCACAAGAGAGAAACCAACAAAUUGACGACGGAAUGCGUAGCCACCAUCCCCAACCAAGAAGGGCUGAGACUAGUCGCACGACUACACGGCGACAUGAAACUGCCUCUCCGGCUUUAUAUCAUGGCAGACAAGUACGACGUGCCCGCGCUCCGACUCCUUACCCGCAAUCGCUUUUACAGAGCCGCCAAGCCUGUAUAG